AUGAAUCGCUUCGUCCAAACCCGCGCCCAGAACGGCCAGAAUGGCCGUGUACCGACACCACCACUGCCUCAUGGUGUUAACGGGGAUAGUGUUCGAGUGGAUCGUUUAUCUGCUCAAAAUUUGAAGUUUGCAAAAAAGGCAGGCAACACAGCGGUCACAAAUGGUGAACCUACUCCAGUCCACGCUUCGAAUCAGGUCAACGAUGCCAAUUUAUACUCCCACAACCAAUACCAGCAAGGAGAAUACGGCCAAGGCUUGGAUGAAUACAAGGCGGCUCGAUUUCAGAAAGACACAUUGGAGGAAACUACCGUGGGAUCGGAUUUUGACCGCACCAAGAGUGACAUUGGUUUCGAACCCGAACCGUACGAUGAAUACAAUGAUGUUGGGUACUCCGCAGAUGAUGGCAAUGACUACAUUCACGGCCGCCGUCCUCAUGUGGAGCUUCCCGGUGCCAAAGAGGUUCAUACCAUCCAGUAUAAGCAAAGCCGAUCACCAUUGAGAACUACUAAAACCGCUCCCCAAACGCAAAGACAACAACCUUUGGCUAUCGCUGGACGCUUCGAAACGAACAAACAGCAUCAGGAUCUCCAACUUCGAAAUGGCCGCGGAGAUUCUGACUCGUACCAUGAACAAGGCUCCAAGAAGCGAUCUCGCUCCGGCGGUGCUGUACCUCGUGCUCAUAAUACUCGUGGCCACGGACGAGAAAUUUCUAUUGAUGGUAGUGAAGAAGAUGACAUGGAGUCUCAAGGUGGGCAGGCAGACGCCACUGUUCGCCUGGGCGACGUCCAAUUCAACAGCGAUGGUACCGAACAGACCACUCCAGUCCAAAGUCCAAUUCGUCAACGGAAGUCUCGGACACUUCCACAAGUUCCGAGUUCCCAGCACCUCCAAGAUCCCGAGACGCAUCAAGCACCUGAGAACACUGGGAUUGACGAUCGCCUUAUUCCAGACUAUUCGGAUCCGGAGCUCCAGCUCAUGAAGUACUCCGAUCUUGAUGGAGAGGAUUGGGACAUGGUACCCAAGGCAAAGGCAUACAAGCUGCCAACUGAGCUUCAGGGCCGCAAAGUCACAAUGGAGACGAAGAUCCAGCACUACCUGAAGCAAGAUCCAGAGCAUGGACAGCUUCCAUUCUACGAAAGUUUGUCGACAGAGGAGUGGGAGCUAGCUGGAGAUAUCUUCAUUGGAAAGUUUGCGGAACUGAUGAAAAAGCUCAAAGAAAAGAAGCGAAUAAAGCGUGAGACUGCAUCGCAGUUUGAGAAUGAGAUCAAGGAAAGAGAGAAGGCUGUACGAGACCAUGCCACUAAGCUCGACACGCAGCUUGAAGGAAUGGAGGUUGCUGGACAGUCCCUCCUAGGAACCAAGAAGAAGAGGAGUAGGGGAUAA